AUGUCCAGCAGCUCCACAGCCACAAUGUCUUCGUCGAUUUCGUCGGUGACUCGCAGCUCAACGGUGACGACGCCCACCAGCUCGAUGACCAGCAGCUCGUCAGGGACCUCUGGAUCGAUAACAAGCAGCACUACGGGAACAAGCAGCACUACGGCUAGCGGGACAACGGAUAGUAGCAGCAAGACUCUGACAUCCAGGAGUGACACGAGUAGCGCGUCGAGCAGCACUUCGCUGAGCAGCACGACGCGUACUAGCAGCGUGACGCGGAGCACCACUACGGCGAGCAGCAGCCCGACGUCAACGUCCAAUAGUAUGACGAGCACCACCUCUGCGAGCAGCACAACGGGUACCAGCAGCAAGACAGAGACGAGCAUCAGCACCAUCAGCGCCACAAGCACAACGAGCCUUCAUAGCACUACGCAGACCAGCUCAACGACCAGGACAGACAGCAGCACUCUCACGGCUACGACCAGCUCGAUGUCCAGCAGAUCCACAGCCACAAUGUCUUCGUCGAUUUCGUCGGUGACUCGCAGCUCAACGGUGACGACGCCCACCAGCUCGAUGACCAGCAGCUCGUCAGGAACCUCUGGGUCGAUAACAAGCAGCACUACGGGAACAAGCAGCACUACGGCUAGCGGGACAACGGUCACUACCAGCGCCACAAGCACAACGAGCCUGCAUAGCACGACGCAGACCAGCUCAACGACCCGGACAGGCAGCAGCACUCUCACGGCUACGACCAGCUCGAUGUCCAGCAGCUCCACAGCCACAAUGUCUUCGUCGAUUUCGUCGGUGACUCGCAGCUCAACGGUGACGACGCCCACCAGCUCGAUGACCAGCAGCUCGUCAGGGACCUCUGGGUCGAUAACAAGCAGCACUACGGGAACAAGCAUCACUACGGCUAGCGGGACAACGGAUAGUAGCAGCAAGACUCUGACAUCCAGGAGUGACACGAGUAGCGCGUCGAGCAGCACUUCGCUGAGCAGCACGACGCGUACUAGCAGCGUGACGCGGAGCACCACUACGGCGAGCAGCAGCCCGACGUCAACGUCCAAUAGUAUGACGAGCACCACCUCUGCGAGCAGCACAACGGGUACCAGCAGCAAGACAGAGACGAGCAUCAGCACCAUCAGCGCCACAAGCACAACGAGCCUGCAUAGCACUACGCAGACCAGCUCAACGACCAGGACAGACAGCAGCACUCUCACGGCUACGACCAGCUCGAUGUCCAGCAGAUCCACAGCCACAAUGUCUUCGUCGAUUUCGUCGGUGACUCGCAGCUCAACGGUGACGACGCCCACCAGCUCGAUGACCAGCAGCUCGUCAGGAACCUCUGGGUCGAUAACAAGCAGCACUACGGGAACAAGCAGCACUACGGCUAGCGGGACAACGGAUAGUAGCAGCACGACUCUGACAUCCAGGAGUGACACGAGCAGUGCGUCGAGCAGCACUUCGCUGAGCAGCACGACGCGUACUAGCAGCGCGACGCGGAGCUCAACUACGGCGAGCAGCAGCCCGACGUCAACGUCCAAUAGUAUGACGAGCACCACCUCGGCGAGCAGCACAACGGGUACCAGCAGCACGACACAGACGAGCAUCAGCACCACCAGCGCCACAAGCACAACGAGCCUUCAUAGCACUACGCAGACCAGCUCAACGACCAGGACGGACAGCAGCACUCUCACGGCUACGACCAGCUCGAUGUCCAGCAGCUCCACUGCCACAAUCUCUUCGUCGAUCUCGUCGGUGACUCGCAGCUCAACGGUGACGACGCCCACCAGCUCGAUGACCAGCAGCUCGUCAGGAACCUCUGGGUCGAUGACAAGCAGCGCUACGGGAACAAGCAGCGCUACGGCUAGCGGGACAACGGAUAGUAGCAGCACGACUCUGACAUCCAGGAGUGACACGAGCAGUGCGUCGAGCAUCACCUCGCUGAGCAGCACGACGCGUACUAGCAGCGCGACGCGGAGCUCAACGACGGCGAGCAGCAGCCCGACGUCAACGUCCAAUAGUAUGACGAGCACCACCUCGGCGAGCAGCACAACGAGUACCAGUAGCACGACAGAGACGAGCAUCAGCACCAUCAGCGCCACAAGCACAACGAGCCUGCAUAGCACGACGCAGACCAGCUCAACGACCAGGACGGACAGCAGCACUCUCACGGCUACGACCAGCUCGAUGUCCAGCAGCUCCACAGCCACAAUGUCUUCGUCGAUUUCGUCGGUGACUCGCAGCUCAACGCACCUCGCUGAGCAGCACCACGCGUACUAG